UGCGCCUUAUACACUGAUGGCCAACCGCCAAAAACAGGAGAAGAAUUUUUAGCUCGUUUAUUGGUUUUGCUUCAAAAAUUUGUUCUGAUCAGCUUUUAGAUUCAGACUCGAUUUCGUAUUCUAGUGCCAAAAGUUUCAUUUGUACAUCUCUGAAGUUGGCUAAAUGAGAGCUGAUCGGACCAAACCGGAGAUGCCACUGGACCCUGUGGGUAAGCGGGUAUCCUGCGGGGGGGAACGGGCCACGGUGCGCUAUGUUGGGCAUGUACCACCGUAUGAAGGGCUAUGGAUUGGCGUGGAGUGGGAUAACCCAGAGAGAGGAAAACAUGAUGGCAGCCAUGAAGGAAUGCAGUAUUUUACAUGCAGAAAUCCUAAAGGAGGGUCCUUUGUCCGUCCAGUGAAAGUGAGUUUUGGAGUGGACUUCCUGACUGCUUUUUAUAUGACCUAUCAAUUUAGCACAGAGAAGGUGCUGAGCGAGGAGAUCUCUAUUUCCUCCAAGAGGCUCGAGUGGUUUGCUGUUCAGGAGCGAAGGUUUGAGAGUCUUCCAUCAAUUGUGCUGAACCAUUGUGAAGUCAAUGGACCAGGGGCACCUGGAGAAAUCAGGAAAACAACACCUAGUAUUCCUUCUUCGGCUCAGAAGCACUAUUUAGAUGUUCAGUGGCUGGACCUCAGUGGGUCUCUGGUGUCCACAUGGGAAGAUGUGGCUGCAAUUACAGAGCAGCUGGAAAAUCUGGAAGGAUUACAGCUCAGUGUCAACAGAAUUAGUCUGACCUCUGACCCCUGGGCUCACCUUCGGGCGUUCGGCAACCUCAAAGUACUUGCCCUCAACACGUGCGACAUCACCUGGUUGCAGAUCCUGGAGUGCGCCCCGAUGUGGCCUCAGCUGGAAGAUCUGUCUGUAGAAAAUAACAACAUAACAGAACUGCAGAGGCCAGAGGGUGUCCUGGAGACACUGAAGUGUCUCAAUCUGUCUUGUAAUGCCUUGAUGCAGGAAAGUGUGUGCAGGUUAUCAACUCUGCCCAGACUGGAGCAGCUUGACUUGUCUAGUACUAGACUGUCAUUCGUUCAACUUGAAGAUGCAGCUCAAGCUGGCUGCACAGCAAUCUUUCCAGCUCUGGCGUGUCUCAAUCUGGACCACAAUAACAUUUCCGAGGUCAGGCUGUUACUGCAUGCACAACUUGAGCAUUUAUGGAUUUAUGGACUUUGCUUUCAUUUAAUGUGGUGUGUGGUUAAUGAGCUUGCCAAAAUUCCCUUCCUAGUUAAGUUAUCAUGUCGUGACAACAAACUGCCAAGCAUUGAUGGAAACCCAAACACUGUCAACCAAAUCAUUAUUGCCAAACUGGGACAACUGAUCUACCUGAACAACAGUGAGAUCAACUCUGAGGAAAGAAAGGGGGCAGAGCUUGACUACAUCAAGCUGUUUGGAGAGCAGUGGCUGAAGGCAGGAGAGCCAGGUCAGCCAAGCAUAGCAUUCACCCGCCAACACCCGCGUUACCAGACACUUAUUGACAAGUAUGGAGCCCCGGAUGAAGGCGAGCUGAAGAAGCAAGAGCCAUUUGCGCUGAAAAAUCAGCUCUUAAAGAUUACGUUUGUCUUUCCUGAUGAUACUAACCAGAAACCUAUAGAGAAGAAACUACCAGCCUCUAUGGUUGUUCAGAAAGUAAAAGGACUGCUGCACAGACUGUUGAAGGUCCCAUCUUCAGAUCUGAGGCUUACCUACACCAGCCACAAGAUGUUGGGGACAGAAUUUGACAUGGACGGCGACUUAAAGACACUCCAGUUUUACUCCAUAGAGGAUGGAGACCAGGUGCUCGUUCGCUGGUCCUGACCUGAUCCAGUGGUGAAGUGCAUAGCUGCAGGUGCUUCUGUCUGGCUGCAGUUAUAUUGUACUGUGCUGUGUGAGUGAUUCUCAUAUUUGCUUAUGCAACAACAGACUUGACAAAAUUGUAAUUAGAGAAUAAAACAGAACAACAGCAUGUUUAAAUGCCUCAUUCACAAAAGGAUAAUAGGUAGCAAUUGUUUGGGCAGAAACUUGUGCCAUCAGAAACUGAAUUUGAAUUGCUAAUACUGAAUCUAUAUUUCUCUAAUUUGAAAUUAAAUGCAUUCAUUUGAAAAUGUAUUUCACUAAACUGAAACUGAAUUUAAUGGUUUGAAACUAAAUUAAUUUGCUUUGAAAAUGUAUUUUGUUGUAUUAAAAAUUGUGUUUCACUAUAGCACUUUCAGUUCUAUAAUUCCAUUUCAAUUCCGAAAUUCAGUUUUUUGUGUCACACAUCCGGGUCCUUGAGGAAAGCUACCGACUAAUCAAACACAGAUUCACGUUUUACUUCCUUAAACUUUCUUUCCUGGAUUUUGCUCUGGAGCAGAGAAGCUUACAUGGGCUUGGCUGAUACCAAUCACCAUGUCAAACAUAUUGACGGGGAAACGCAGAUUGACGUAAUAAUAGCAGCACACUAUGCUAAUUUAACUUCUUUAGCUAAUAGCUAAAGGUAACAAAACUGUUACAAUUAACCCAUCUUUUGUUUACAUAAUGCUUCUUAUUGGGGUUCAUUUGACUUGGUAAAUGACAUCAGCCAAGCUCAUGUAAGCUCUACUGCUCCAGCUCAAAAUGCCAUAAAGGAACUUUAACUUAAUGUGAAACUUAAAUUGGCGAAUUUGUGUUUAAUUAUUUUUGGAAUUGAAAUUGAAUCAUAGAAAGUAAAAGUAGUCAAACUUAAUUUGCAAUACAACAAAAUAUAUUUUUAAGCAAAUGAAUUCAGUUUCAAACCAUUAAAUUCAGUUCAGGAAAUUUAUUUUCUUUUAAUAGCAUUCAUUUUGAAAUUACACAAGUACAGAGUCAGUCUGAGCAAGUUUCUGCCCAUACAAUUCGCCUUAUACCAUAAACAUUUCAAUUCUGAAUAAGGUUAUCAUGGCUGUGAUAAAGGCUUCCACAAAGCCAAAAGUAAGAAGUAUACAUGUUCCCCAAGUUUAGUUUCAGAUUACAGAGCAGAAGAUAGCAGAAGCAACUCCAAUACAUGUACAUGCUCUGUCUUUCUGAGGCUUUCUGUUUAUUAUUCAGAUACUUUUUGUAAAACAGCUGACAUUUGCAGUGCUUAAUUUUUGUGUUUUUAUGUAGAUGCUAAAAUUGCAUUUAAGGACAUAAAACUCUCCCCAGAAAGUUGAAACUACUUCCUUUGAUCACGUCAUAGUUUUUUUUAAUAUUCUUUGUCUUUUCUUUUACAGUUCAGAUUAUAUAUAGGGAUUUUGAACUUUCUUUGGUGUCCAACAAACUAAUAAAGAAUCAUCCCUGAAAA